GCGGCUGCAGCCAGAAGAUACUGAACAUCAAACAGCCUCGUUCAAACCGACGACCAGGGCCUCCAUCGCGAGCUUAGGACCCAUCCGCCUCUUCCUACAUUAUGAACGUCUUCCCCAGAGCAGCCCCGAAGAAAGGCGAGAACUUCGAGCUUCGCGCCGAUCUGAACAGUGAAUACCGUGACAAACGCAAGGAUGCGAUCAAGCGUGUCAUCGCCAACAUGACCGUCGGGAAGGACGUCAGCGGCCUCUUCCCGGACGUUUUAAAGAACAUGCAGACCGACGACCUCGAGCAGAAGAAGCUUGUCUACCUCUACCUCAUGAACUAUGCCAAAACCCAGCCGGAGCUUGUCAUCCUCGCCGUCAACACGUUCGUCAAGGACUCUGACGACGCCAACCCGCUCGUGCGCGCACUCGCGAUCCGUACGAUGGGCUGCCUGAGGGCGGAGAAGAUUAUCGACUACCUGUGCGACCCGCUGCAAAAGUGCCUGAGGGAUGACAAUCCGUACGUGAGGAAGACGGCGGCGCUGUGCGUGGCGAAGCUGUACGAUUUGAAGCCGGACCUGGUGCUGGAGAAUGGGUUCCUGGAGCAACUGCACGAGCUGAUCGCGGAUAGCAACCCCAUGGUUGUCUCCAACACCGUAGCCGCCCUCUUCGACAUCCACAACACCGCGACACAAAAUCCCGACCUCCCGCCGGACGAUCCGGCGAUAUUCAAAGUCACGCCCCAAGUGCUCAACAAGCUGCUCGUCGCGCUGAACGAAUGUUCGGAGUGGGGGCGAGUGGCAUUGCUGAACGCGCUCGCGAUGUAUCAGACGUCGGAUCAGAAGGAGAGCGAGCAUAUAUGCGAGCGGGUGGUGCCACAGUUCCAGCAUGUAAACGGUAGCGUGGUGUUGGCGGCGGUAAAGGUCAUUAUGAUCCACAUGCGGCAUGUCGGGCGGGAAGAGCUUAACAAGCAGCUUGUGCGGAAGAUGGCGCCCCCUCUCGUCACUCUGCUCUCAUCACCACCAGAGGUGCAAUGGGUCGCCCUACGCAACAUCAAUCUACUGCUCCAAAAGCGACCGGAUGUUCUCUCGAACGAGAUGCGGGUCUUCUUCUGCAAAUACAAUGAUCCGCUAUACGUUAAAGUCGAGAAGCUGGACAUCAUGGUGCGACUAGCGGGAGAGAACAACGUAGACGCGCUGCUCAGUGAGCUGAAAGAAUACGCAUCGGAAGUUGACGUGGACUUCGUACGGAAGAGCAUUAAGGCGAUCGGACAGACGGCGGUCAAGAUCGAUGCUGCCGCGGAACGAUGUGUAAACGUGCUGCUGGACUUGAUAGCAACACGAGUGAGUUAUGUUGUGCAAGAAGCUGUCGUGGUCAUGAAGGAUAUUUUCCGCAAGUAUCCCUCCACGUAUGAAGGUGUUAUUCCUACGCUAUGCGCCAACCUGGAAGAGCUGGACGAGCCCGAAGCAAAAGCAUCGUUGAUAUGGAUCAUCGGCGAGUACGCCAACAAGAUCGAUAAUGCCGAUGAACUGUUGAGCAUCUUCGUGGAUACAUUUACCGAGGAGUCAUAUUCCGUCCAACUACAAACAUUAACGGCCGUCGUGAAGCUCUUCCUCAAGAAGCCCGAUACAUCUCAGGGGAUUGUACAACGCAUAUUGAACACGGCGACGAAGGAUUGCGAUUCUCCGGAUGUGCGAGAUCGAGCGUACAUAUACUGGCGAUUGCUAUCAACUGAUCCUGGGGCAGCUAAGACUGUGGUAUUGGCCCAUCGACCACCAAUAUCGCUUGCGCGGACCACGGUAUCUCCCGCACUACUUGAAGAGCUGCUUGGAGAUAUAUCCACCCUUGCGAGCGUGUACCACAAACCAGCAGAGACGUUCAUCGGCCGGGGUCGUAUCGGUGCGGAUGCUUUACAACGGAGGGGCCUCGACACCGACGACCAAGCGUUCGCGAAGAAGGCACUUCAGACCGUUGCGGCCGGGCAGGUCGCCGAGAACUUGCUCGACUUCGAGGACGUGCCGACGUCGGACUCGCAACCGUCGGGGCUUGCGGCGACGACGAUUAUCCCCGCCGCUUCCACGACUGCGGCUGCGAAUCUGCUUUCCGGCACGUCGAGCAACCCCCUCGACGACCUCGUGUCGAUCUUCGGCAACGUCGGCGCCGGUGCGGGGCCGACGCCUCAGGCAUCGCAAGGGGGCGGGCUGGGCGGAUUGGACUUCGGUGGCAUUGGGAGUGGGGUGAGCAGUCCUGUUGCCGGCGCGCCGCUUGCUGGACAAUCAUUUCCUGGGUUCGGAGGGGUAGGGUCACCUGUACAGGCGCAACACCCCCAGCAGCCGCAGGCGGCUCAGGAUGAUUUGUUGGGUCUGUUCUAAGGAUGGGUAGAUUCACGACUAUUGUAUUUCACGCUCAUAGGAACUGUCGCUUUGUUAAGGCAAUCGAUCACGACCGUAG